AGCACACGCCCCCGGUGGAAUCAAAUAUGUACCGUACCUAUGUGUGUGUAAAGAAUGCUGAUCUGAAAUAUGAAAAACAACCAGUAGUCAAUGUGCAAGCUGCCAAUUGAAUGGUGAUUUAAGCUACUCUAUUGGGUUCAUAUAUUUGUAAAUCUGAAAGAGUCAGUGCCUCACCGGCCACGAACCUCACGGUACGUCACUGGUCCACGUGCAGUCUAAUAAUCUCCAGCCAUACAGAGUCAUGGGGAGAAAGCAACGAACAACAUGAGAGAGAGGGAGGAGAAAGAGAGAGAGAGAGAGAGAUAGUCCGUGAGACUCUAAAGACUGCAAAGACCAGAGAGUGUGACAGUUUGAUUCAGUCACCAAUCAGAUCACUGAUUAUGGGAAUGCUGAGGAUAUUAAUGGCCUUUGUUCUUCACAUAGCUGCCUUUCUGGCGGCUCCUGUGCCAUGUGAGGAGAAGGUGAUCCGUCUGGAAGCGGAGAUCCGGGAUCUGAUGAAGGUGAUCAACGACCAGCAUCGCUACAUCCAGGAGCUCCACAACAGCCAGGCCCAGCAGCUGGAAUACAUACCCAACUCAUACCUGGGCCCCAAGAAUCUCUAUAGAGACUGCUCUGAGGUGUUUGCAGACGAUAACGUGGCCAGUGGGCUGUAUGUGAUACGUCCAGACGGCUCUCACACCGCUCUGAGCGUCUACUGUGACAUGAACAACGGAGGAGGAUGGACUGUCUUCCAGAGGAGGAAAGACGGCAAAGAGAGCUUUGACAGAGCGUGGGUGGAGUACAAGCAUGGAUUUGGAGACCUCUACUCACCUGAUGGAGAAUUCUGGUUGGGCAAUAAACCUCUCCACGAUCUCACUUCACAAGGAAACUACGACCUGCGGAUCAACAUGGAGGACUUUGAGGGAAAUCAGCGCUAUGCAGAGUACAAGAACUUCAAUGUGGAUGAUGAAAAGGACCAGUACCAGUUACAUGUGGGAGAGUACACUGGGAAUGCAGGAGAUGCCCUGGCUGACGUCCGUGGUUCCCCCUCUGCUGGGAAGAAAUGGACUGGUCCAGACAGUGGGGUCAAGUUCAGCACCUUUGACCGGCUAAAUGGCGGCGACGCGGAAAAGGACGCCAGGUGUAUCAGACACAGCAAGUCAGGCUGGUGGUUCAGCAGGUGCGAUUCAGGCAACUUGAACGGUCACUACUACAAAGGGCCGUAUCAAGCGAUGACCGAUGAUGGGGUGGUGUGGUACACAUGGCAUGGGUGGUGGUACUCCAUCAAAUCCGUGGUUAUGAUGGUACGAGCCGCUGACCUCGAGCAUCCGCCACCAGUUCAACUCGACCCCAGCAAAGCGGCAGGCAACGUCAUUGAAGUUCCUCAUGGCCGAUAGCGAGCAAGUGGUGGAAGCAACAUGUGACACAGGGUGAAAUCAGUGUCAUCUCACUCACAUCGUGUACUCGCCUUUUUGACUUUCAGAAAUGUAAACCAUUGCAUUUAUUUUGAUAUUGAAAAUUAAACAAUGUUGC